CGGGCCCACAUCGAAUCCUCGGCCUCCUCCCUCGUCCGGUCCCACCUCCACUCCGUCCCCUACUCCGUCGUCGACGACAUCAUCCGCGAGGAUUUCCGCCUCCAGAGCUCCAGCUCCGCGCCCGGAUUCUAUAUCUACUUGCUUAACCUGGAUACUCAGUCGAAGCCCUACGCCUACUCCUACGAAGGCCGGGAUGCUUCGCCCCAUUACUCCAAGUGUCUGGGGAGCAUUUGGACCGGGGAGGAGAGGUACAUUUGGAUCGACCUCGCUGCGGGGCCCGUUGACUAUGGGCCCGGGUUGUCGGGGGAUGGCGUGCUGCCCCGAGGUGAGUUCCAUCCUCUAGCCGCACUCCAUAGGAAAUCAAGGUCAGAAAAGGCUUUGCUUGCUGAUUUAGCUUCUUUGGUUUUGAGUGCUUAUCGGGCUUUGCUUGUUCCUUCAUUGAGAACCCCUGUGCAUUUCGAGAACUCGUUGCUUAUUGAGCUUAUUCAUAUUCAUGGGUUGGAAGCCAAGGAUUCGAAAGUAGGGCUUGACUGGGGGUUCAUUGAGAAGACCAUUAAGGGGAAUGAGUUAUCUUUUAAGGAUCAAGAGUUGAAAGUUAGGAGCUUUAGUGUGAAUUUCCAUGAAUGUGCAAUUUGUUCAUAUGCAAUUGCCAAGUCCAUGAACUCUUUUACAUCAAGGUUCUUGUUUGAGAAUUAUACAUUGAUCGUGAGCGAGUAUUUGGAUUCGAAACAGCUGCAUCAUAUUCUUUCGGACUCGGUGGAUGAGAUUCGUAGGGUUGCAGGGAUUGGUGAUGAGGAGUUUGGUAGAGUGCUUCCAGUGUAUGUGUUUGAUUUGGAUCAUGAAAAGCUUCUUAUGCUCGAUAGGUAUCAUCAAGCGGUUGCUUUUACGGACAUGGUGAUCGCUGUUAGAACUAGGGUUUCACAGACGGUCAGUGAUUAUAGCUGCAAUGGACGACAUGUGAUUACUCAAACCCGGAAUCUUGAUCGUCCAAUUAUUGGUUCAAUCCUUCAGAGUAUGUGGGGUGUGUCGCCGACUCACCUUUCUUGGAGCCCACAGCAUAAUAGUACUUUGGUUGACUACACUUGGAGCGUAGGGCAAACCCCUUUUGGACCAUUUUCUGAGUCUUCAUCCCUUUCAUUUGUUCAGAGAGAUGCGGCUCGAAGGAAUGUUUUGCUUACUUCUUUGAAUUAUACAAUUUUAAGCACCGCUGAUAUAUUAGAAUCCAUGGCCCAACAUGGAGGGGAUAGAAAGCUUCUUCAGAAGAAUCGGCACGUGGAAUUUGUGCAGAGGUGGAAUCUGUUGAAAUUUAAGUUGGAGAAGGUGGUAUCAGCGAUGUCCCAUUUGGAUUACGAGAAGGCGAUGUUUUACUUGAGGUCUUCGGAUCAUGAUCUUUAUGCUCUUCAUACCUUGGUUUAUGAGGCUACUCAGAAUUUGGAGGCGUCCCUGAUUUGUUUCAAGGACCCACCUUUCCCAUGGGCAUCGGUUUCUUUAACUGCGGUUUUUGUGUUUGGUUUCAUCUAUAUUUAUGCAAAGAAAGAUAGGAUUUUCAAAAGCAAAAGGAAGAGGUUUUGAUUCCCCUUGAGAUUGUGAAGUGCGUUUUCCUCUAAUGAAAGAUUUUUCAAACUCGGAAGAUGCAAGUUUCAGUCCGAGAUGGGAGCUUAAGUUUAUAUCUGCUUUUGUUAGACGUGUGGAAAUGAACUUAUUUAUUAUUGGGUGCAGUUGGCUUUCUUUUUUAUACCAUAGGAACUGCUCACUUUUGCCCAACUUUUUGCCCAACUAGGCAGCUUGAGAUGUAUUUGAAAAUACUUGAAUUUACACAAAAAAUACUGUCUGUAUGGAAUAAUCCGACUCUCCUUUGUCUUGA